AUGGUUUCGCCGAGCAAUGAACAAGUGUCACAUGAGCCUUUGAAUCUCGAUGGCGGGGAAGUGAUCAGAGUUGGGUUUGAAUUGGAGCUAGCACAGGGCAGCUGUGCAUACAUAGGUCACGGAAACAGGACAGGAUGCAGGGGCGGUGUUCAAUGUGGAGGGACGUGCUCCCAGAGGAAAGAUGGAAGAGAGCACUAUCUAGCGAGUAGAGGAGCUAGCAGAGGAGCUGCAGAAGAGGGCACGAGGCGAACUCUGGCGCAGGGAUUGUACAUAUGUAGUCGGAAGCAGGUUGAUAAGAUAGCAGACUUUCUGAAGGCGGAGAGGAAGCCGUUUCAAGAAGAGGACUCAGCUGAAGCUCUAGAAUGGGGGGUGGAGGGAGGAACGGCGGUGGGGAAAGUCAAUUCUGGGAGAAUCCAGCAGGUGAAUUAUGAAUAUGAUGCUGAGACAAGAUGGAAAUACACGAGAGAAUGUGUCCGAGAAGGGGGUGGGGGAAAUGAGGAGAACAGUGAAGUAGUAGAAACAGUAGCAAGUAGGAGGAGGAGGAGCAGCAGCAGCUUGGCAGCAGAAGACGGUCAGGCCUGCAAGAUAACUACCAAGUAA